CGCCCCGCCGCCUCCCCCCACCAUUAACCUCCUAAUCUCCAGUCAAAACCUAAUCUUUUCAGUUUCUAGGGUUUGGUUCGAUCCAGCUCUAUGGAGUUCGAACGGGCGACUGGUUAUGGCAUCAAGCCAAUACACCAGCGUUUGGGCCCUCUUCCCUCCGCCGUCGGCCGCCGUCACAACAAAGUCUGCAUCUAUUGGGAGGCUGGCCGCUGCAAUCGCCGCAAUUGCCCUUACCUCCAUGGAGAGCUCCCUCGAUCUCUCGAUGUCGCCUCCAAGAAGAGGGCUUCCGUCUGGAGAAACCCUAAGACCGCGGGCAAAAGGGAUUCUGAUCUCCCCAGACUGGACGCGGACAAGGAUCAGACCACGUCGCAGGUUAAUAAGCUGUGCAAAGAUUUCAUCGUCGGAUCAAGCUGUGGUCUCGGCGACGAGUGCAAGUCGUUGCAUUCUUGGUUCACCGGUGACAGCUUCUCUCUGCUUACAGCUCUGCCGUCCCACCAAAAGGUUAUUACUGGAAUUGUGUUGCCAUGGGGUUCUGAUAAGCUCUACACUGGGAGCCAAGAUAACACUGUUCGAAUUUGGGAUUGCCAUAGUGGCCGAUGUGUUCAUACUGUUAAUUUGGAAAGCCAAGAUAACACUGUUCGAAUUUGGGAUUGCCAUAGUGGCCGAUGUGUUCAUACUGUUAAUUUGGAAAGUGAGGUUGGCUGCAUGAUCAGCGAGGGCCCAUGGAUUUUUGUGGGCAUUAACAAUGCUGUCAGAGCUUGGAAUACGAAAACAUUCGCUGAUCUAGCCCUCAAAGCCUCGGAUGGUAAAUCCCCCGUCGGACGAGUGUAUGCAUUGGCAUUUGACAAUGAAAGUUUGUUCGCCGCAACUCAGGACGGAUGCAUACUGGCUUGGAAGCUAAAUGACCAAGAAAACAGCUUUGAACCGGCAGUUCCUCUCAAGGGCCAUCAACGCUCUGUGGUCUCGUUAGUCAUCAGAGCUGGUAGGCUUUACUCCGGUUGUAUGGAUAGCACCAUAAGGGUCUGGGAUCUUACUACAUUGCGGUGCAUCGAGACCCUCACUGGCCAUUCAUCGGUCGUUAUGUCUCUCUUAUACUGGGAUAAUUAUCUUUUGUCUUGCUCCUUGGAUGGAACGGUGAAGGUUUGGGCUGUCGGUGACAGCGGCAAGAUGGAAGUUGUGUACACCCACUGUGAAGAUCAUGGAGUCCUUCAAUUAUAUGGGGUGAAUGAUGCACAAGAUAAGCCAGUGCUGUUAUGCGCUCGCAACGAUGAUACAGUUAGUCUUUAUGAUCUCCCGUCGUUCAGCGAGAGGGGGAGGAUUUUCUCCGAGCAGGAAGUUAGAGCCAUUGCUAGAGGUCCUGAUGGGUUGUUUUUCACUGGGGAUGCUUCGGGGAAGCUUAGAGUAUGGAAGUGGGCUGCAAAGGAUGUGACGGUGGCGGCUUCGCAUCUAUGACAGUAUGUUUAUGUGUUCAUGGAAACGUGUAUGUCGAUUCUUUCUCCUGUGUAAUCUCUGAAAAGGUUGAUCCUGUGUCUCAUUUUGAAGAGAGAGGCACUGUACUUCUGAUGUCUGCUGA